AUGGCAUCUCCAUCAGUUCAUGUUGGAGAGCAAAUUCAAAUUUCGACUGUUACUUAUGAUAAUUACGACGAACAAGUGAUUGGAUUCGGUUACAAUCGUUCUAAUAACGAGUACAAAGUUGUUGGAAUUGUUUUUGGGUAUGGAAGUGGAAUGAUUGUGGUGCAUACCCUCCAAGGCGAUACUAGGUGGAGAAACAGAAGUUGUAUGUUUGAAAAACAACUUUUGUCCGGCUUCGAAGUUUUUCGUGGAUCAUCGGUAUCAGCGGGUAUUUUUGCGAAUGGAUUUCUUCACUGGAUAGAUCAGAUCAAUAAGAGUAUUAUUAUAGCUUUCGAUUUGGAAGAUGACAAGUUUAAAUUCCUCCUAUCAAUACCAGGAGGCCGUGGUGCUAAAUAUGUCGACCUCAUGGUAUUGGGAGGGAAUUUGUGUGUUUUAGAAGUAGUUCCAAGUAAACAUGUCACGGUAUGGGAGUCAGGGUAUAGUAAGGAGCAACACGGGUUCGUUUACCCUAAUUGGGUUACGAAAUUUAAGAUAGCAUUGCAAGACUACAGCUGGUUUGAGCCAUUUGCUCUAACAAAGAGCGACGACAAAUGUUUAUUGUGGUACAAUGUUGUCCUCUCUUGUUAUGACCCUGAUACUAAAACUUUGAGAAAGCUAGAUGAGACUUUGAAGAAACUCAUGGAUGAUUCUACGCCUUCCGUAUAUACCACCACUCGGGCAACUCAUCACGUGAAUAUUAUUGCUUCAUUGAAAGUGAUUAUGGAGGAAAGAGUUGGAAUGAAAAGAAAAGCUCAUGAGGAUCGAGAUAGAAAAAGAAAAACAUACUGGUACGACUAG